AUGCGCUCGUUCACUAUCGCCGCCGCUGCCGCCCUCAUCUCCUCGGCGUAUGCCUCUCCAUGGACCAUGGGAGGCCUCUGGGGAGGAAAAUUUGACCCAGCCAAGUGCUUGACUCAGCCUUCUGUUGACACCCUCGUCACUGGUUUUGGGCAACUCAUCUCCAACUACACCGACGCCCUGGCCGAGACGAUAUUGGCUGACAACCUUACCGACUUCUCUGACUCGAUCAACUCUCUGAUCGGCCAGCCAGUCGGUGGUGCCACCUUUCCCAGCAAGGCAGCUUUUGAGGCGGGUCAGGGUUCUCAACCUCCGGUCCCAUUCCAGCUCAUUGCCAUUGAGGCCUACAACUGCGACACCAUCUCCCUGCGAUGGAUCGCCGGUCUCCAACCUCAGCCGGUCAAGGGCAUCACGGUCCUGAAAGCAUCCAACAGCCAGGGUCAAAAGGAUACAUGGCAGAUCAGCACCAUCUACACCGAAUUCAACAGCAUUGCGUGGUUGGAGGAUAUCGGUGGCAAUGUGACCUACCCCAGCCACUAA